AUGGACGUGAAUAUGACCACGAAUACGGAGAAGACGCUGGAUACUAUCGAAGGACCUGCCUUCCCAGCUCAACUUCGUCAACUUCCUCACAGACCACCAACACCAACACCACCACCAGCAUCAAUAUCAACAUCAACAUCAAUCCCACCACCAGCAGCCCCAACAACCACCCACCCCCCAUUCCCAUUCCCAUCUCCAUCCUCUUUCACCCACCCUCACCACCAACAACAACAACAACCACCCUACCACUUCCAUCCCCCCAAAUCCGUAACCUGGGGCCCCAUCACCGAAAUCCCCAUCUACUCCCCCUCCCCCUCGACCUCCUGGAUCGACCUCAGCAGCACAACAACAACAUCAGCAACCUCCUCCACCGCAGCCCUAACCUCCUCAUCCACCUUCUCCCCCACCAUCCCCAAACCCAGCCCACCACGGAGCCACCCCAUCAUCCACCGUCCCCUCAAACCCAUCCGCAAACCUCCAACCCAACUCGACAACGAAAUGUUCUACCGCAACCUGUAUCACAUGUCCCAGAUCAGCACGCUUCGAUUAAACAUCGUCUACGACGCGCUGAGUUUUCUGGGCGGUGACUUCCUGGACCAGGUCCUUCUCAUGAAGGAGGGAUAUUUGAUGCAGGUGGCGGUGAUGCAUGCGAGACAGGCGCAGCAGAGGGAUUUUGCGCGGUUUUCUGUUGCUGCUGCUGGUGGAGGUGGUGCUGGCCCUUUUGGUAGUAAUGGUGGGUUUGGGGCGGUGAUCCCUCGUCGGCCGAGUCCGGUUAAGGGGGGUCGGGUGGAGAAGAGGAAGAUGAGGAAGAUGAUGAAGAAGAGGAAGGCGUCGGAUGUUAUGGGGGCGGAGUUCUGGGAGCAGGUGAAUGAGAGGGAGGAGGGGUAUGAGAUUGAUGAGGAUGAGGAUAUGGAUACUAGGGACUGGGUGUAG